AAGAGGCCGUGACCAGAAGGUUCGCGCUGGGUCCGAGAAGAACGAAGCAUUGUGUCCCGAAAAUGGCGCUGGCGUUGUUGGUAACGACGACGACGGCGCUGCUCAUCUUGAGCCUCCUGCUUCCGGCCGCCUCCUCGGUCUCGGUGAAACGGAUGGUGCUGCACGAGCGGGCACCGGUGCUACCGGCGAGGGUGCGCCUGCUGGCGGACUGCAAGGGAACCGGGCCGGAGAACUGUACGUGGACCUGCCCGCAGCACUACGCGAUCGACGGGGAGCGACGGUCCUGCCGUCCGAAACGCCACGGACACCACCAGCUGCCCUGCCCUCCGGGCUACAGCCUUCGCUCCGGUGCCGGAGGCGCCGCCGGAUGUGUCGCGACCGACGAGGGCGAAAUCCAGUGUCCACCGGGCAGCAUCCGUGAGGGGCCGGGUCGGUGUGUGGUGCGCAGCAGCACCACCCGCGGCUGCCCAGCGGGGUACGUGCAGCGACGGGGCGUCGGGUGCGUGCGGGAGGACGCCUGCGCUCCCGGUUACCGGUGGGCGGCCGGGGGACUCUGUUUCCCGCCCGGCGCCCAAAUCUUCUGCCCGCUUGGGACGGUGGAGCAGCGGAGCGACGGGACGUGUGUGCCGGCGGCGUGCCGCGAUUGCUGCGACUGCGAGUGGGAGGAAUCGGCGACGGCGGUAGGGGGGCCAGUGUGCCCCGCCGGCUAUGCGCUCCAGCCGGGCGGAUGGGGACGGUGCGUGCGGGUGCUUCAAGUGGCACCCGAGCUGCGGAUCGAGACGCUCCACCUCCGGCUGCCGGUCGAGUGUGGACCCGGGACCACCUUCAACGAGGGCGAGUGCGAGUCGGCGGGGGACCGGUGGCCACCGCCGCAGCCGGCAUGCUCCGCCGGUGGUCACCCGUACAACGGAUCCUGCGUCGUGGUGGCCACGUGUACGGCGGGGGGCGGCGCGCUGAACGGGGUGUGCUCGUGCGAGGACGAGCAGCAGCGGGAAGCGAUGUGCGGGUCGGGGACGCUCCACGAACCGACCGGAUCCUGUGUCGUCGGAACCGCCCACUGCCGCCCACCGGCCCGCUUGAGCGGGGGUGGUGCGUGUGUGCGGGAGACUGACCCCGGGCGCCUCUCCUGCCCAGAAGGUCCGGCCACCGCCGCCGCCGCCGGUUACUGUGCCGUAGGUGAACCGCCCCGCUGCCCACCGCACAACCCCCGCUUCACCCUGGACGAGCACGGACUGUGCCGGGCGAUGGCCGCGGCGGGUGCGCCCGCCCCCUGCCGUGGACCCGUGGACUGUGGCCGCGGCGAGGAGCGCCGCAACGGGUGGUGCGGAGUGGUGGCCAGCUGCCCCGCCGGCUUCUCCCUUACCGGCACCGGAUACUGCGUGAAAGAAACGGUACACUCAGCACCCGCACCGCACCCCCCGUGCCCCGAGGGGACGGAGGAGCGGGGCGACGACGCGGGCCAGUGUGUCAGCGUGACGCCCCUGUGCAGGGCCCCCUUCCGCUACCAACCGGACGGCGACGCGUGUGUGUGGUGCGAGGAGCGGCCCGCCCGCUGCCCACCAGGAGCCAACCUGACGAGCGAGGGCGAGUGGUGUGUGUGGAAUGAGCCGGCCUGCCCUGACGGUUACCGGUGGGUGGACGGAAUGUGUGUGGCGGAGCGGGGACCGACCCCGCGUUGCCGGCGGGGCUACCCCGUAGCGGCCACCGACGACUGGGGCGGGUUUCGGUGUGUGGAGGGAGAAGUCAGCUGCCCGCCCGGGUACGAGCUGCUGGCGGGGGGUCGCGGAACGGGCGACAUUUGCAUGCAGACCACCGACGUCGAGUGCCCGGACGACGGUUCCUACCCCGCCGAGGGGGGGCUGUGCGUGGUGGAGCGGAGCUGUCCGUCGGGCUACGAGCCCCUGGCGGGGCCCGCGGGCUGCGUGCGGGAGGUGCGACGACCGAUCAAUGCCACCCGGCCCGCCUGCCCCCCGGGCUACGAGUGGGAGGACCACGACGGUGGGGGUGCGGCCGGGGGCGGCUGCCUCCGGCGGACGGUGGUGGAGGCGAGCGUGAGCCGCCGGGAUCUUGCCUGCCCCGACGGUUACACCCUCGAGGACGGGGGUGAGGGGUGGUGCACCCGCACCAUCCGGACGUUCGCCGUGUGCCCCCCGCACACCCUCUACACGGACGGAGGGGAGACAGGGGGUGCCGGGCGGUGUUACUGUGAGGUGGAGCUGGCCUGCCCUCCCGGCUACGAGCGGACGGGGGGGGACUGCACCUACCGUGCCGCCGGUUUCACCGCCCUCGUCCACUUUCUCAGCCCCUGCUACGGGGCCCCGUGCGGGGCCGCCCACUGCCUGCGCCCCCACUGCACCCACCCACCGUGCCCCAUCGAACCGUGUAGCCCGGGGGGGACCCCGGCCAACGCAGCGCCUCUUCCCGCCAUCUCGUGGGGAGAGUGUGGAACGGGCGAUGGCCUCACAGGUGGAGGCUGCCCCCCGCCGGAGGUGAUCGCCCUCGGUUGCCCGCCCGGCUACGAGCGGGGGAACGGGACGUGCGUCGCGUACUACGAAAGGCGGUGCCCCGCUGGCUACACCGCCACCCGCGCACCCAACGAGUGUAUCCGCACGGAGCGCCUCUUCCCGUCGUGCCCGCCCGGCUACCAUCAUAAGGCCGCUUCCUGCCACCUUGCAUCCUGCCCCGAUGGCUACAAGCUCCUGACGGACGACGGUGGAUGCGAGCGGCGGGAGCUGCGCUCCCCGAAACCAUGCCCCCCCGGCCACGACCACUGGGAGGGGCGUUGCUACCGGCGGUCCCAGUGCCGGAAUGGGACCGUCGACGGCACCGACUGCAUCGAGCGCACCUUCGCCACCCCCCACUGCCCCCCCGCGGGGUACGUGCUGCGGGAGGUGGACUGCGCCCGCCCUGGCACCUGCUCACCGCCCGCGAUCCUCAUCGAUGGCGCCUGCGUCCGGCUAGCGACCCCCUCGCCCUGCCCCGAAGGGACCGCGCGGUGGGAGGGGAGGCUGUGCGUGUACCCGGACCCACCCGACUGCGACCCGGCCCCACACCUCGCCACCCGUUGCUCCGGGCGCGUGGACGGGCGCGACGGGCGCUGCUGGCACCGGGCGAGCCCCACCUGCCCCGCCGCCGCCGGCUACCGGUUGCGGGACGGGCGGUGUGUGCGGUGCGAGACGCAACCCGUCCACUGCCCCCCGGCACCGGCCGGGUCCAUCCGCGGGGGGGAGUGCAUCGUCGAGAGGGGCCGCUGCCCGGACGGACACUUCCUGCGGGGCACUACCUGCGUCCAGCUGCACGUUGCCCUGCCCCGCUGCCCCGCCUCGAACGACUUCCGCCUGUGCGGAGGUUUCUGCUUCGCACCCGUCCCAUCACCCGCACCCGAAUGCGGGGCACCGGCGGUCACCGAGUACGCGCUGCCGCACUGCCCCCCCGGCACCCAGCAGCGUGGGGGCCGGUGCGUGGAGUACGCGGGCUGCGGAGACCCCGCGGCGACACUCCUCGGCGAUGGCGGGUGCCGCGUGCGAUCCUUCACCGACACCUCCUGUCAUGGCCGCGGCACCAAGGUACGGCAGGGAGACCGCUGCGUCGGCCCGCUGCCCCACUGCCCACCGGCCACCGCCCUCAUCGCCGGGCGCUGCACGUCCUGCACCCUCGAGAACGCUCGCUGCCCCCCGGACGCCUACUGUUCCGCCAGCUUCUGCCACCUGCCACCUCGUGAGGAGGUCACGCCGGGCAAUGGCCGCCCCACCAGUGCCCCUACCUGCCCACCGGGCUCACUACCGGGGCCCCCGCACGAUCCACACUUCUGCCGGCUGCGGGUGGAGCGGGUCCGCUACGGCUGCCCACCCGACCACCACCACCAGCAGGGCGUCUGCCUGCGGAAGCUCUACCUCGACCCCACCUGCUCCAGCGGGGCGGGGUACCGGGUGCGGCAGGGUGUCUGUGUACGGCGCACCUGCGCCCGGGUUGCAUCCGGGGUCGGGUGCGACGAGGCGGCGCCCAGCACUUCCUGUGCCCAGUGUCUCAACGGCACCACGACCACCACGGCCGCCCAGGAUCGCCCUCCGUCCCCGUUCGAUCUGUGCUGUGCCGUGUUUUCGCCCCGCAUCUGCCCGUUGGCGGCGGGAACGGGGGCGGCCGGCGGCGGGUGCUAUCACGAGCGGGAAACCCUGUGCGGGGCGUUCUGUCUGACGGAGGACGACCGGAUCCAGCUGACGGUGCCGCUGACCGCGCGCAUCGGUGCCCGCCUCUACAUGGCUCCGCGACGCCCGACAAAGGGUGCGGAAGGUGGCGGACAGGACGAGCCCACUGGCGGUGACUCCUGCUACACGUGCCGGUUCGAUCGCUCGAGGUGUCCGGCGGCGUGCGACACCUACGAUUGCCAGCGGGAGGAAGACGACGGCGGCGACGGCGGCGAUGGCGGCGACGGCGGGUGUAACUUCCGGGAUGCGGCCCGAUGGAAGUCGCUAGGGGCCAAAUCCGGUGAACACCAUGGAUACUCCUAA